UGAAGGCAGAAACAGACCCUGCCCGGACAGAAACCGGGCCUCAGUUUCCCCCUCCGAGGACCCGGGGGUCAGACCAAGGCAGAGCCAAGCCACUCUUCCCGGAGCUCGGUUCUCGCCAAGCCCAGCCCUGCCCCCCUGCCCAGCCCUCACCAGCCCCGGGCGGCCAGCCCCGGCUUGACGCACAGCUGCUGGGAGGGCGGGGCGGCUGCCCUGGGCUCUCUCUAUAAAAGAGGCGGCGUCGGCGGGAGAAAGCCCAGUCGAGCUCUUUGCCAGAGAGUCCGCAGCGAGCCCAGCCGGUCCCUCCUCCCCGCGGUUCUCUCACGCUCCCCUGCCGCCCUCCGGGUCUCCGCGUCCCGCCGCGUCCCGGGGUCCAGGCGACGUUCCUCCGCCUUCGCCCGCUGCCCUUCCAAGCCGUCACUUUCUCUCUUCCCCCCCCGUCUCCUCUCACCACCAAUGAAACUGGCGGCGAUGAUCAAGAAGAUGUGCCCCAGCGAGUCGGAGCUCAACAUCCCGCCCAAGAACUGCUACCGGAUGGUCAUCCUGGGCUCGUCGAAGGUGGGCAAGACGGCCAUCGUGUCGCGCUUCCUCACGGGCCGCUUCGACGAGGCUUACACGCCCACCAUCGAGGACUUCCACCGCAAGUUCUACUCCAUCCGCGGGGAAGUCUAUCAGCUGGACAUCCUGGACACGUCGGGCAACCACCCCUUCCCGGCUAUGCGGCGCCUCUCCAUCCUCACAGGAGACGUCUUUAUCCUGGUCUUCAGCCUGGAUAACCGAGACUCCUUCGAGGAGGUGCAGCGCCUCAAGCAGCAGAUCCUGGACACCAAGUCCUGCCUGAAGAACAAGACCAAGGAGAACGUGGACGUGCCCCUGGUCAUCUGCGGCAACAAGGGGGACCGGGACUUCUACCGCGAGGUGGAGCCCCGGGAGAUCGAGAAGCUGGUGGGCGAGGACCCCCAGCGCUGCGCCUACUUCGAGAUCUCGGCCAAGAAGAACAGCAGCCUGGACCAGAUGUUCCGGGCGCUCUUCACCAUGGCCAAGCUGCCCAGCGAAAUGAGCCCGGACCUUCACCGGAAGGUCUCCAUCCAGUACUGCGACAUCCUGCACAAGAAGGCUCUCAAGAACAAGAAGCUCUUGAGAGAGGGCAGUGGAGGCGGCUCGGGGGAGGCCUACGGCAUCGUGGCUCCCUUCGCCCGCAGGCCCAGCGUGCACAGCGACCUCAUGUACAUCCGGGAGAAAGCCAUCGGGGGCAGCCAGGCCAAGGACAAAGAGCGCUGCGUCAUCAGCUAGGAGCCCCCGCUCCUCUCCUUCACCAAACUAGUAACUAAAACAAAAGGUUUUUUUUGUUUAAGUAAAACGUGAGAUGUUCCGGCUGACCCUUUCCCGGUGGCAUGGGCUCCAGGUUGGCAUCUGACCUCCAAGUCGGCUUCCCUGGGGGCACUUACCAUCUGCCCUUCCCCUUCUCCUAGGAUGAGGUCAUGGCGAACUAGUGGUGCUCUUCCUUUGGAGUGCCUGAAACUUGGGAGAAGGGAAGAGAUGCCUAGAGGGCCAUAUCUGUCAUGGUGGGGAAGGAGAAAUGCCCAUCAUGGGGGUCUAGGAAAGGACAGAAAGGUGCAUGGGAUGGGGGUAGUGGUCUGGAAGUGUGCAACUUGGUGUGUAUUUUGCCAGAAUACCAAAAAAAGGGAGGUAUUUUCUAAUAUGAGACUCCUGAACUGCCACAAGCAUCUGGCAAGAUCCUCUUCCUUCAGGUUCCAAACCUGGGAUGUGAUGGUGGGUUAAAAACCCCAACAAAAACCAAACUGUGUUUACAUGUGUUUUCAGUGGAAAAAAGAGGGAAAAUUGCACUUUAUAGUAAAUGUGUUGUCAUGGACAUGAACAAAAUCUUUUUUAAGUGUUUAUACUGUGUAUGUGUGGAAAUGUUAUGAUUUUUUUUUUAAAGCAAAAUAAAAUCAUUUAAAAUGGAAAA